GUUAUUCCUAUAAUUUACUUUAAAUACCUUACAUUUACAAGUGCUAUGCAGAAAUUGUUGAAUAUUACAUAACGAUUACGGAUUAAGGUUUGGGCGGGAGAACGAUUUAAAUAACUUCCUGCGCACACACGCACACAUAAUAGCUUUUUAAAAAAAUCUCUACCAGUGAUUUGGUUUAAAUAAGGGUUUAUUGAGCGGUGCCGGCACCACCCAGCUUUCUAAUGCCACCCACGGGGUUGUAACCUGAGAUUGCGGCACAAGCCAGCAGUCAGAAAAGUGUAGUGCAACCGCAAAGCUGACGAAGAGCGACAGGCUUUGGGAAUUUAGUUUGCAGAAAUUUGAGCUUAAUACCAGGAAUAAGAAAAAUAAAUAAAACUAAUACUUAAAAAUAACGCCAGCAAGCUACCAAGAUCGGGCAUGGAAGUUGGUUUCGGAAGAAGACUGCCCAAAAGUUAGGCGGAAAGGAAAAUCUCGGUUCGUAUUCCUUUUCUUUCUUUUAACGUGGUGGAUCCUCGAUCCGAUCAGUGGUCAGAACAUCUGCUAGAAACGUGCACCAAGGAGGGAAGACUCGGCUAACCGGCCUGAGGUGCUUGUGAUUUGAGAAACUGGGAUAUUAAAAGAGAGAACAGUUACGAAUUCAUCGUGAAUGGACAUCUUGAGGACUUACGGAAACUGUUACUUUCUUGCGUGUCUUCUCAAUGUAUUUUCAGAGUGUUUCAGUGCACACUGUGAAGACUGCAUAUCUUCCUACUGCUGCAGAGGUUCACCUCCAUACUGCUGUUCAUACUACGCCUACAUCAGAAGCAUCUUAUCAGGCACAGCAAUAGCAGGUGUCGUAUUUGGGAUUGUCUUUCUCAUGGGAGUGGUUGCUGGAAUAGCUAUUUGUAUCUGCAUGUGUAUCAAAAACAGUGGGAACACACGUGUGGGUGUGAUACAGGCAUCUCAUAUCAAUACCGUCAGUCGAUUCACUGUCCCUCCUCCUCCUCCGCCUUACAGUUAUGACUAUGAGAUGGAUUAUCCUGCAGAUCUCCCACCACCUUACACACCCACACCUCAGGCUUCCUUGCAGUACACCCCACCUCCACCAUAUCCAGGAUGUUCAAGAAAAUAAAUUCUCACUCAACAUCACUAAACACAACGUUGGAAGCUGAUUGAAAUUCCAUUGAUCUAAUAAUAAAUGAGAGCAGGUAGUGCCUAAGACAGCAAAAGCAUCAUUGUUCUUCUGAUUUAUUCCAACUCUGUACUUGGCAAUAGUUUCCCCCUCAGCUCUUCAAGCAAUUUUCUUUCCUGCAAUGUUAUCGACUAGAAAGAUUGAAUUUUUUUUUGAUAAGUUAUUAGCUUUAAUGCUGUUGACAUAGUAAGUUAUGAAUCCAGUGAUUUUUCUAUCCAGACUGUGAACUAAAAUAUCCUAGCCACCAUGAGAGAGCAUGACAAUCGAGGAUGUGAAACAAGGUGAAGUGCAUCAUUUCUACAAAUGUAAAGAUGAACAGGCAAUUGGCCUGUAAUAAAAAAUACUGAUAUUUAUAAAAGACAUUGAGUAAAUGCAUUUCUUUUAUCUUGCAGUUUUUAUUGUCUCUUCUUGCAAAGCUGUUAAAAAAUAAACGCAAGAUAUUAUGUCGAAUCAACAACAAAGCCUGUGUACGGAAAAAUAAAUACGAUCCCAAAAUAACAAGUGGAUCUAUGUAUAUAGAAACAUAGAAAGUAAGGCUUGUUUAUUAUUAUACCAGGAUAGUAACAAAUUCUGCAUAUAAAAGAAUAUGAAUAGUAUGCCAUGAUAAUUUGGAGUCUGUACAUAGAGAACUAUAAUUAACUCAGUUGGGCCUUCCAUACAACAUACAUACGCCUGCUGAACAACAUGAAUAAUGAGGAUUGUCAACUGGAAUGGCUUCUCUUCCUGCUCCCUUUCACAUACCUCUGGCAUGCCCAAUAACCUAUCCUUGGCCUUCUCAUAUUUUUCAUUUAAAUACUUAGUCUUGAUAACAUAAUAGCUUGUACAUUGAUAAAACCCAGUCUCGCUCACACCAAAAAGUUGCUUUUGA